AUGUUCUCCCUAAUAAAGUCCGUCUUUUCCAACGGGCAAGAGGGGAAGGAGUUGAACGUGUUAAUAAUCGGAGAGUGCGAAUCAGGCAAAACGAGUCUGUUCAAUCUGAUCGGCAGUUUUCACAACAAAAGCAAAUAUGACAUGUUAAAUACGGUAAUACCCACGGGGAAUAAAAACGGCACUUGUGCCCUCGGAUUUAACACGAAGAAAAUUACAUUCAAUAGAAAGCCUUUAAAAAUAUAUGACUUGGAAGGCACGGCAACAAACACGACAAAUAUUUACGACUGCUAUUAUGAUGACGCGGACGUUAUAUUUUACGUGAUUGAUGCGAAGGAUGAGAAGCACAUUUUUAAUGCGAUUCUUUAUUUGUCUUGUUUAAGUUCGAAUGGGAGGCUGUCUCGGGGGGGACUUCCUGAUGGGAGCAACACCUGUAAAAAGGGACGGCAAUUUUUAAAACCUAUUUUCAUUCUAGGAAAUAAAUCCGAAGACACGUCAGCCUUUUUUUCCGCUCCGUGUAUAUCCAAUUAUAUAAAUUCAAUAGAUGUGUACAAAAAUGAAAAAUUCUGGCAGUUCCUUCUGUCGAGUGAUAACACCUUUUUGAAGCAUUACCUGAGCGUGCUGCAUCAUAGGGUUCUAAAUUACGCCUUCGCUGAUGGGGUAGACGAAGAACAAACCGACCAGAGGGAGGUGAAAAGGGAGGGAAAUAAGGAUGGUAAAAAUGGGGAUAUCACAGAAAACACGCCAUGUGACAUCGUGAAGGAUAUAAAGAGCGGGCUAAAGGGGGCCAUCACUGUAGACGACAUCGAGAAUGAUCCCCUCCUGGAAACGUUACUCAAAAAGAUCGUUAGCGAUAAUGUGAAUAAUUGCAAACGUAUGCCCAUACAAGUGUAUAAUAUUAGCGUACUAAGAAAUAAAGGAGUGUAUGAAGUGCUUGAAAAAAUUUUUGACGAAUAUUUUUUGAGCGGCAUGUAUACAAAUGGGGGUAAGGUAUGUAAUAACACCCGCCCUGGGAAGACAGAAAAAAGGGGGGAAUACGCAAACGAGCAUGUGCCUCUUAAUGGAAGAGGUAGAUCUGAUUGUACUAUUCAAGGUGAAACUGGCAGGACAGGAACACAUUUGAUACAUGUGUCUGGAGAAGGGUGUGGCCACACGGGAAAGUCAAGUCUUCACCCCAGAAAUUGCAGAACGCACAACGUAGAAAUGACGGAACAUUUGCACACCGCGCCAAACAGUGCUUAUGUGAUGUACGAACGGAAUAGCACUUCGGUGAAUUUAUUUAUUGAGCAUAUACAGCACCUAUAUUUUGGGAAGAGCACUUUUGAUAAUGUGCCAAAGGAGUUUUUCUUCCCCCAUCAGGGGAACGCAAAAUAUAGGAAAAAAUAUAAAAUUAAGAAGAAGGACCAGUUGGGAGGAAACGGAACUGCGGCGGGACUGCAAAAGGGAGAAGCAACCCAGCAGGUGAAAAAAACUUACGAUGCUGAUGACACGUAUGAGGAGAAGGAAACCCUCUGCACAGACAGAACCAUGUCGAUUGAUAACACCCCGCUAGAGGACAAGGGAAUACCACAAGAUAAAUCAGGCGAGGGGGUAAGGGAACACACAAAAGGUCAAGUUAAAGCGGUGGGUGUAAAUGCUAUCUCAGGACGAGAUGGAACGAACGCGGAAGUUAAAAGGGAAGAGUUGGACAGCGAAACGGGUGAAGUGUCAAAUAGAACAAAAAUUGAACAAAAGGGGGAAGUCAUCCAAGUGGGCCAAGCCGCAGAGCUGAUCAAAGGAGUGAUGCACCCAAAUGGUGGUGAAUUCAUAGAAGACGAAGCAGAUAGUGAAGGAAAAAAAUCAAGGGACCUUUUCCAAUCUGAUAAGGAAGAAAGUGAUCAGAAUUACGCAAACCACACCCACCAUACAGACUAUUCGUCAAAUGAGGGGACGCCAAAAAGUGGAAGCCCCCUUUGUGAAGAGAAUCAUAUAAAUGGCCACGUCAACCAUGGUAAGAAUGUCAUGCGCAAGGGAAAAAUUAACAAGAAAAAAUACUUCAUUGUGGAAAAAAAGAAAAAAAAGAAAUUUCUCCACAGCGGUAAAAAAAUAAGUGAUGUAGAGGAAAAUUCAAGCAAUUCCCUGGAAGGCGUUAACCUGAUGAAUGUUAUGCGGGUAGAUUCGCUUAACAAAAUUUAG